AUGGAAGGCGAGGGUAUCUGGUCUGAUCCCCUGCCUGUGGAGGGAAGUGCAUGGGAGGGUGGGCUCCGUUGGGGUGAUUCGCAUGCUGCAGUGGGGGAUUCGCGGAGCAAACAGUGUGUUACAAACGCGGGUGAUACUAUCGAGGGUGAUGCAUGGACGUUUGACGAUGCUGAAGGUGCGGGGUGUGAUGACGAGGUGUUGGGGAGCUGGGUGGGUGAGAUGGACGAGGGCGAUGGGGAGGUGGCGGAGGAGAGAAGCGAGGAAUGGGAAGGAGGGAUGGGACUGGGGAUGGGGAUGGGUUUUGAAAGCACGUGGUCUCGUGGUGCGUCAGCGUUCCCCCCAGGAGCUGCUUCUGCUGAAUUCGAGCCUGCUGAAACUGCUGAACCUGCUGGGCCGGCCAGUGACAGUGCUGCGUCCGUUGCCGGCAUUGCAGCAAGGCAGUCAGCAGGCAGGACGAACAGCACUGCUGGUGGGGCGUUCGGCAGUGCGGCACCGCCUGCCGGUGGUGGUGAUGCGGGUGGGGGGGCGUGCUGGAGUGCGGAGGAGGUGAAGCGGAUUAUGGCGUCUCUGGAGCAGCAGAGCCAGAGGGUGCUGCUGGCGCAGCAGAGGAAGCAGAGUAGAGAGAGGGGCCAGUUGGAGCAAGAUGGCGUGGGGAGGUGGAUGGGGAUGGGUAACGGUGAUGAUGUGGGUGGUAGGGAUGUGGUUGAUGAGCUGGCGAAGGGUCAUGCUGAGGUGGCGCGGGGCGAAGGUGUGGGAGGUUUAGGGCGGGAAGAUGGGGGUGGGACGUUCUUUGAUGAGGCGAAGGAGCUGGAGCGAGAUCUGGUGGCGCGAUGGGGUCGAGACGGGGAUAGAGGUGCCUGCGAUGAGGGCUCUGAGUGGACGCAAGAGGGCGUCAAGGGCGAGAGGAGAGAUGAGGGACAGGGAGGGGCCAGGGACGAUGGAGAUAGUGCGAGGGGAGGAGGGGAGGAGGAAGGGAGGACGUUCUUUGAUGAGGUGGCGGGGCUGCAGGAGGAACUAAAGGGGAUGGAGGGGGUGCAGGGGUUGACGGGGUUGCAGGAGCUGCAGGGAGUGGCGGUGGAGGAGGGGUUUGUGUCAAGUGCACUUGAGGGAUCAGAGCCGGGCAGAGCUACCAGCGCCAUCACCUGCAGCACCUGCAGCGGUAGUAUUGAUACCACUGGCAUCACCAGCAAUGGCAGCAAGAGCACCCGCUCUGGCUUCUCGUUUGAAGGCGCGUGCUCCUUUUCCACAGGCUCCGGCGCUCGUGAGCGGCCUCAACCCGCACACGGGGAAAGCAUCCACACAAGCGGCCUCGCUCGUGCCCGUGACCAUGCCCAGCCGCCUGCAGUUCCACCUCUAGCGGCGCUUCCAGCACUGUGUGAAGCAGCACCAAGAGGAGCGCUGGAAUGCGGUAUGCAGAAGAAGAGUGGAGUGGCGGUGGGGCCUCAGGGAGUGGAGCAGGGGAGGGUGCAUCGGGGGAAGGCACAGCUGGGCUCGCGUGGUGGUGCCAAAGGGAGGCUGAGAGGCAGGGGUUUCAAACGGGGAUUUCUGCUGGGUGGGGAGGACAGGACAGGGAAGGAGAAGGGUAGUGGUGUGCUGGGUGAGAGUGUGGUGGAGGGAGCGUGGAAAGAAAAGGACGGUGGUCGUGCCAGCCCUGUUAGUGGGGGCAGUCCUGGUAGUAUUGACAGCAACGUUGGUGGCGGUGGUGCUGCGGGUGCUGCUGCUGGUGUGGAUGCACCUGUUGCAUCGCCCUCGCAUGCACCACAAGCCGCACACGCCACACCUGCUGCAUCCCCCACGGACGAGGCGCAAGCAGUGUUCGCACGUGUGCACCCGCUCUGCGUGGCUGUGGUGGACGCGCAGGGGGACCACCAGCAGCUGCCACAUGCCAUACAGCGAUUAGAAGAGGCGAUUGGGCACAGGGACGUGCCUGUGGGGGGGCUUCAAGCAUGCCUUGACAAAGCACCCUUCAACCGCAUCACGCCUUCCACUAACACCACGCCUCCCCUUCCUUCUUUCCUGGUUUCUUUCCCCCCCGCUUCUCUCCCUUCACGUCACCAGGUUUAUCCUCUUCCCGCUCUUGCUCGUACUGUCUCCACCCACCCUAGCCUCCACUCCCUCCUCUUCCAAGCCGCCUGCAUCAGCUGCGGCAGGCGAAGGCUGGGCCAGCAGCACAGAGAACGAUCAUGCGGCUGGAAUCACGCCACGUGGCAGGCAGCGAGUGGUGGAGGCAGCCCUGAGCUGCAUGCACGUGGCACUGACCCGCUGCGCCCAUCGGCAGCGCUUGCAAGCAUGUCGGGCAUUGCACAGUCAGAGGAGGCUCGGCUGCUGGCAGUGCGCUGCCUCUCCGCCCUCCUCUCCCACCUCCCUCGCUGCUCGCCCUCCUCCUGCUGCUGCGCUGCUGCUACAAGCGGCCAAAGCACCAGUGCGAGCAGCAAUAGCAGCAGCAAGAGCAGUGGUAGCGGUGCGAGCAGCAAGUGUGUGGCGGGUGUGCUGCAGGCGCAGGAGGCAGCACCGCUGCUGGGUCACCUGCUCUCCAACAUGCUCGCAGCAGCAGAGGCGGAGGCUUGGGUGGGCACGAGGGGCAGCCAGGUGGUUCGGGUGGAGGCACUGCGAGCCGUGCGCCUGCUGGUGGAUGGGGUGAGCCGUGGAGCAUUGCAUUCCACUCGGCUGCAUGCGUGCAUGGUUGCAUUGCGUGUGGCAGGGCUUGCACAUGGUUCCUGUCUGUGCUACCAGCUACAUCAAUGCCAGCGUCUCCUGUCGCUUCCAUGUUCCUGCGCCCCUCUUCUCCCACCCUCUCGCACACACACACACCUGACUUCUCACCCUUCUCUUAUCUGCUGUUGUACUGCUCCCUGCCCUCGUCCGCACCCCAUUCCGUUUGAUACUGCACACGCAUCACACUCGCAGGCGCACACGCCCGCCGCGCUCGCCUUCUUCCUCCCGGGGAUCCUCAGUGGCCUCUCCCGCGCCGCCCUCGCCCCCUUCUCCCCACGCUCCAAUGAGCCGCUCACACGUGGCGCCGCAGCGGACCCCUCCGCAGUGGCCGAGGCGCUGCUUGGCCUUUCACAGGCGCUAGUGCUGGUCAUGGGGGAUGCUUAUGACGAGGAUGGACAUGACGAGGGUAAAGGGGAGGAGAAUGAGCAAGGGAGUGAGAGAUGGGAGACAGAGGAGGAGAGGGCUUUGAGCAUGCUGCAGCAGAUGGUGGGUCGCAUGGAGGGGAGGAAGGGGGAGGGGAGGAAGGGAGGAGAAGGAGAGGAGGAUUGGUUGGGAGAGCAGGGGGUGGGGUCAGAAGGGGAGCUGCAAGGAGAAAAGGCAAGCGGCACAGCAGGGACGGGGGAAGGCGCGGUGAUACUGAGGGAAGUGAGUGUGAGAAGGCGGUGUGAAGAAGAGAGUAAUACCCCACGGACACAUGCAGGAACAGGUGUGGGGCGUGCGGGGGCAGGAGGUGCAGGGAAGGGUGGGAGGGGAGGAGACGGCAGGGCAAGGGGGGCAGGAGGAGGGGCGGGGAGAGGGGUGAUGGUGCUGCGGGUGGAGAUGGACGAGGCGUGGCGCAGGGAGACAGGCGCCAAGGUGCUCGUGCUGCUGCACAAAGUGCUUCCCAAGAUGCUGCACUUCCCCGCCCCCAAGGUCCGCUGUGCAUUAGUAGAUAUGCUGGGAGAGCUGUUGCUGCGCUGCCCCUGCUCCCUCUCAGCCUCGCGCCCCCUGCUGCUCGAGUGCGUCCUCCUCCUCGCCUCUGACCACUGGCCCUCCGUCGCGUCCUCUGCUCGCCGCCUCCUUGCCCGUGCUGUCAUCACUGAGCACAAGCCAGCACCGCCAUCAUUACCACCAGUAGCAGCGGCUACUGGUGGGGCAGUGCCUCAGAAGUGUAUAGGCACAGGGUGCAUCGAGGUGGCGAAUGUAGCUCUGGCGGAGAUGGUGGAGAGGCACAUGGCAUCCCUCGCAACUCCCGCCCCGCCCACCUCUCAUUUCCCGCCCUCCUCCCUGCCCCUCCACUCCCCGCUGCUUCCAUCGCCCACCCUCUCCACCGUCUCCCCUGUCGCCUCCGCCUCGCACCUGCAAGCCACCACGGUCUCACUCCGAGUGCUCGCAGCGGGUGUCAUCACAGCAGGGCGUCUGCCCACCGCGCAACACAUCCUGGACCCGGCCUUCUCUGCGCGCCUCUCCACGGCCAUCUCUCUGCAUCUGCCCUUUGCACCCGGCAGCCCCCACACGCUCGAGUCCUCCCCUGCUCCUGCCCUCGCGCUUUCACCACUGCUGGGCUCAGCUGUUGCGUCAGGUGAAUCCCCAGGUGUUAUGCCAGCCAGCCCACGUGCUCCAUCAGCACUGCGCUCUGCAGCCACAGGAGAGGAGAGCGAGGAGGAGCGAUGGCGACGGUGGUUCUGGGUGGUAUUGGAUCAACACGACGGGCAGCACAACCUGAAUGGAUCAUCUGAUCUCAGAGGAGCGACAGAGCCCUCAGUGCGUGUGCUGCAAGGGGCGCUAGCUGUAGAUGCCACUGCCCCUCCGCUCUUCUGGUUCUGCCGCUUCCUGCGAGUGCUCGCCCGCCUUGCUGCUGCUGCUGAUGCCCGUGAUACUGCUGAUACUGGUGCUGGUGGUGUUGCUGGUGCGCCGACGACGUGGCAACAGCCAAUGGGGGCUCUUCCCGCCCUUUUCCAGCCACUCCUGGAAGGACUGCGUGAGGCUGUGGGGAGAAUCGGGGACGAGAGGCGGAGGGAGAGGAGACGAGCCCGGGCCAAGAAGAAGGAAAGGGUGGACGUCGAGGGGAUGGGAAAGGGGGUUGAGGAAGGGGAGAGGGGACAGGCGGGCAGGAGGCAAGGGAAAGAGGAGGGGGGGCGAAGGAAGGUGAAGGGGAGGAGGAAAGACGGGAAGUCGGAUGGGGAGAAGCAGGGUGCGGAAAGGAGGGAGGUAGAGGGAAGGAAGGAGGGAGAGCAGGACCUUUUAGGGCAGGUUUCUGCUGUUCGGGCAGCUUCGUCAUUUCUGUUGGCUCUGAGCGAAGCCCUUGCUGGCAUCAGUGGCGGGCCAUGGGAUCCCCGCCGUGGGGGCGAGGGUGCGGAGAUGGGAAGUGGAGCAGUGCAGGUUGAGGAGCGGAGGGAGGAAGAGGAGCAGAGAGAUCAGAAGCUCAAGGCAGUGGCGCAAAGGGAUGACAGGUGGCAUGUGGUGAUUGGUCCGGUGGUGCAGUCAGUGUUGGGCGAGCUGCUGAACGAGGACCUUUGGGAUCUGCCUGUGGAUGUGACGCAGGGGGGAGGGAGAGCGGUGCAGAGCGGUGGUGGAGGGGAAUGGAUGGGUGAGGAGGAGCGAAGGGGGAUGAUGCGCAGGCUCAAUGAGAACGCCAACCUGCAAGCUGUGAGUGGGGAGCAGAGAGUCAAGAAGGGAUAUUGGCAUGGCUCUGGUAUCUCCCUUUGCACCAUCUUUAUCUUUUCAUAUUUUCCCUUUGCUCUUACCUUUCUCUUCUCCCCUCCUCCCAUCAGGUGCUCCUCCUAUCCCUCUCAGCAGCGCUCUCAGCUCUCGGCCAAUCACACGCCACAAACUCCGGUGCGCUGCGCCGCGCCUUCCCUCCGCUGCUGCGCGCGCUCGCCUCGCCCCACGCGCGUGUCUCCUCCGCUGCUGCACAUGCCCUCUCCUCCAUCAGCCUAUCGUUUGGAUUCCCCUCAGUGCGUCACCUGCCACCCCUCCUCUCCUCCUCCGCUCAUUGCCCCCCCGCUUUCACGCUCUUGUCUCAGCUGUUGCUGCAGCCCACCAUCAGCAUGCUGCUGUGCGAUGCACUCGUGCCCUCAUGCCUGUCGCUGCCUGCUUGUGCCUCCUCUUCGCCCUCCCCCCAUGCAGGUGCCGGCGUUGGUAGCGGCCAACAUGGACUAUGCCAUAGCUACCGUGUGCCAAGGCCUCUCCACCCUGCACUGCCACCCCUCCGCGCCCCGCCUGCUGCUCGCCGUCAUGCACCUGCUGCCCCUCGUACCUCCCGCCUCUGCAACCGCCGCCCCUGCUGCUCCUGUACUGCCUGCGGCCCCUGCAGUGCCUGGGGAGUAUGCGGGGGAAGCAGCAGACAGUCGCCUGCACCAAGCUGAUGCGAGCAAACGCUCCGGGUCAUCAGCAGUGGGAAGCGGAGGGGCAGCAGCAGCAGGGUCAGCGGUGUCAGUGGCAGCGACAGCGGCGUCGGUGUUGCCAUCGGCGUUUGAGAGCAUGCUGCCCCUCAUCAUCCACCCGGUAACCAUGCCCGUUAGCGAGUCACUUUCAGAGGCAUACUGCCAUCACGCCUACCUGCUGCUUAUGAACUCAGCACGACUCCUUUUACCGACCCUCGCCCUUCCCCCCAAUAACCACCAUGUUCAAUCCCACAAUGUAUCCCUCUUGUUCAGUGAUAUCAGUCCUGUGCUGGGAGAUCUCGUCAACUGCUCGUGUACCCUCCUUGCGAAAAUGGCACUGCUCUGUCCUUUACUGCCAUCCUCGUCUCCCUUCCCCAUUCUGCCUUCCCCAUUCUGCCUUCCCCAUUCUGCCUUCCCCAUUCUGCCUUCCCCAUUCUGCCUUCCCCAUUCUGCCUUCCCCAUUCUGCCUUCCCCAUUCUGCCUUCCCCAUUCUGCCUUCCCCAUUCUGCCUUCCCCAUUCUGCCUUCCCCAUUCUGCCUUCCCCAUUCUGCCUUCCCCAUUCUGCCUUCCCCAUUCUGCCUUCCCCAUUCUGCCUUCCCCAUUCUGCCUUCCCCAUUCUGCCUUCCCCAUUCUGCCUUCCCCAUUCUGCCUUCCCCAUUCUGCCUUCCCCAUUCUGCCUUCCCCAUUCUGCCUUCCCCAUUCUGCCUUCCCCAUUCUGCCUUCCCCAUUCUGCCUUCCCCAUUCUGCCUUCCCCAUUCUGCCUUCCCCAUUCUGCCUUCCCCAUUCUGCCUUCCCCAUUCUGCCUUCCCCAUUCUGCCUUCCCCAUUCUGCCUUCCCCAUUCUGCCUUCCCCAUUCUGCCUUCCCCAUUCUGCCUUCCCCAUUCUGCCUUCCCCAUUCUGCCUUCCCCAUUCUGCCUUCCCCAUUCUGCCUUCCCCAUUCUGCCUUCCCCAUUCUGCCUUCCCCAUUCUGCCUUCCCCAUUCUGCCUUCCCCAUUCUGCCUUCCCCAUUCUGCCUUCCCCAUUCUGCCUUCCCCAUUCUGCCUUCCCCAUUCUGCCUUCCCCAUUCUGCCUUCCCCAUUCUGCCUUCCCCAUUCUGCCUUCCCCAUUCUGCCUUCCCCAUUCUGCCUUCCCCAUUCUGCCUUCCCCAUUCUGCCUUCUCCUCACUGCCUUCUCCUCACUGCCUUCGCCUUCCCCCUUCUUCCUUCGCCCUUCUCCCUUCCCUUCAUGUGCCAUUGCCACAUCAGCAAAGCGCGCAGAUGCCGAAGCUGCAGCCUCGGCAGCAAUUGCGGUGCUCCGGAGGGAGGAACGAGCCCGGCGCAAGCAGCUUCGGAAGCUGCGGCGACCCAAGGAGGGAUGUGGUGGUGAGGAGGGGAGGAGCAGACUGGACGCUCGGAGCGGCCUUGAUAAGCCUUACCCACACGUCAGCCGUGUUAGCCCUGAGUCUCAUGCUGCUGGUCUCGCAGCCUCUCCUGCCGGCAUUGAAGCUCGGCUUGCUCCUCAAGGGAGCAGUAGCAGCAGCAGCUUGUGUGGUGGGAGCGGCAGCAGUGGUGUCGCAGAUAGCGGCAGUGCCAGAGACUCAAAGUCACCAGCUGAUUCAGCAGCCGUGCGUGCCUUCUUCACACGCCGCAUGCAGGCUGCUGCCGCUGCUGUGCGGGGUGAGGGGGCGCUGAGUGGGACGGAGGCAGUGGAGGGGAAAGAGGAGGAGGGUGAGAUGUUGGGGGAGGGGGAGAGGGAGGAAGAGGGGAAUUCGAGUGAUGAGGAGUGGGACAACUCAGGGUCGGAUACAGAGUCAGAGGGAGAUGACAAGGAGGAGGCACGGGAAGAGGGGAAUGCAGCUGAGCAGUGGAGUGUGCGCCAUGCGCUGAGCCAGCUGUCGGAUUGCACGAGAGUGGUGGCCAUGCAUGCACAGCUGGCUGCCGCCUGCCUGGAGGCCUGUGGGCCGCUCAUGGCCAGUCGGGAUGCUGAGCUGGCGCUGCUCGCUGCUGACGUGGCGCAAACUUCUGUGGCUGCCAUGUCAGCAGCUGAUGUCGCACAGCGAGCGAGGGCCAAUGAGCUGGAGGCGGUGAGGGAGGUGGUUCGGUUGAGAGUGAAACGAGCCAAGACACACCUCACUGCCCUGCAGGACUCAGGCUUGGGCACAGGUCCGGCCAUAGGUUUGGAGUCAGGUUUGGGUGGAGGUCUGGGGAGCGGUUUGCUGGACUGGUUGGAGGAUGAUGUGGCAGGGCUACGGGCUGACCUGGCAUCGCUGCAGGAUGACGUGGCAGCCAUGCAUGACACGGAGGAUGCUCUCAAGGUGGCGGAUGCUGUGAGGGACGAGACCAAUUGGCUGCUGCCACGUGUGCACAUGAUCUGGCCCCAUGCUGUCUCUGGCCUCACGAGGAGCCACCCUGCUCUCAUCAUCUCAUCCAUCCACGUCAUCACAGCUCUGUCCACGACGUGUGACGAUGCCUUCAUGGCCAGAAAGAUCCGGGAAGAUUCCUGGCCUCUCAUGGCGGCCCUGCUCCUCCAGGGCCCCCCUCUUCCCUCUUACUCCUCUCCCUCCUUCUCUUGUUCCUCGCCCUCCACCCCCUUCCUCGCGUCCAUCUCCUCUCGGCGUCUCACCAAUCCAAGUCCCGUGGACCUCACGAGGCUACUCACCCUCAGACCCGUACCAGAUUCUGGUUCGGUGGCAUCGCCGAGCCUGGCUACUGAACCUGCCACAUCAAACGACUCUGAAGGUUCGGGAACCGAACCUACUCUCACGAGCCGCCUUCAACCCAUGUCCCGUUCGGAUCUCCUCCUCACUCCCACAUCCUCCACCCAACCCCAACAACACACACAGUACCCCUCACCCUCUUUUCCACACCCCCCCUUACCCUCCUCCUCACACCCACUCUCUCACGCUUCCAUAAUGGCCCCAUCACCAUCCCCAACUCUUUCCCAGACCACGUCAGCAUCCACUAGCACACGCAACGCUGCCACGUCAGCAUGCUCAGGUGUGGCACCUUCUGCGAGAGAGCGAGUGCAAAUGGCAGUGCUGAUGUGGAUUGCAGAGGUGGCGCAAUCUGACAGGUCGAGAGAGGGCGGCGGAGUCGCUUUGAGAUCAGUGGCAUGUGAUGUGAUUGUGGUGCUUAUGGCAGUGCUGGCAGAAAGGAGGAGUGGGGGAGAAGAACUAAUUCAUGCUUUCCGCGAUGGCGGCAACAGCAGCAGUAGCGAUCUCAAGCCAUCCAUGGUGAAAAGGGCAGCUGAGGCAGCAGUAUCUCUUGGCCGCGCACACAAGGAGAAUGUCACCACGUUUCUGUCUCAUGUCAUCCAGUCAAUUGCUUCCACAUCACCGCCGCAGCUAAGUGCCACUGCGCAGAGAUCCGACAUUGUGGUCGUGGAUGGUGGACAUUCAACAGAUGGAAUUUCCCAGAACGAGCUUGUGAAAGUAGCAGAGGCGUCGUUACGAGGCACAGAGAGCUCUUCUGCAGCAGCCAUGGCGGUGCCGCUGGUUCGCACGACAAGCGCGGACUCGCCUCUCCGCGCGCCGGCAUCCCUCAUCCCCGACGCUGACUGCCUCGACGUCCCCACCGUCCUCGUCGUCUUACCCGACGGCUCCGUGCGACUGUACGACACGCGUCGCCUGACCGUGUGCGACGUGCUGUGCGACUAUCCGAGCCACGCGCUGUCAUGCACGACCACGGGCCCCGUGCUCCAGCAGCAGCGGGUCCUUAACCUCAACGCCACCUACUACCUCCGCCGAGUCUCCCCGCCCGCGGCGGCGGCUGCGGCGGAGGCUCUUUCCGCGAGCGUCGUCUCGGUGCAAAAUCCCGAUCUUCAAUGCGCGCCGUUCUCGGCGGCGCACUCCCCGCACGACACGGGGGGAUGCCCCAAGGAGGCUCUUGACUCGUCGUUUGAUGCGCCUGGAGAGGAGACUAAAAUGGCGCGGUCCGCCUCCGCGCGGAACCUCGAGCAAAAUCGCGCGCAGUGGGAACACGUGGCGGAGCGGAGGACUUCCAGCUGGGACGCUGCGGAUCCUGAGCCACGUCGGCAUGACGUCAGCGACGGCAUCAUCCGGGGCAAUCGCAUAAAUCCAAUUCUGGCCGAGUUAGAAACGCUGGAAGACGACGGCGAAGUUCCUCCCACGCCCUCGACGGAAUCCGGCAAGUCGUCGUCCCCCACGGCCAGCGCGAGACGGACUCUGAUAGGCAAGCUGGUUCGCUUCAAGCUGCCCAUCGGGCGGCGCAGCAGCAGCUACGAUCAAGCCUCUCCCGUCGGAUUCCGCACUGAAAACACUCGCGUGAGCCCCCGAACUCCGCGCUCUCCGUGCCCUGUCAUCCCUAAGAGCCCCCGCUUCAAACCUUCAGGCACAGCUGCUGCUAACACUUCGGUGCAAUUCGAAUUGAGCGACACGGAUAUCGCGUGCCAUGGCGGCUGGGGUGACAAUCUCCCAAAGGCGAGCGGGUAUUCCCGGGGGGGAGAGUGGGUGGAUGUGAGCUGCGACGUGUUCACGAGCGACACACGGAUCGUCCGCCGCGCGGUCAUGCUCGUAAAGCCUGCGGGGACCACGAGCGGGGGUGCACGUAACGCACAGCCGCUUAUUCAAAGAAACUCGUCAGAUCCUGCAUUGGCUGCUGGUUCGCGGGCUGUAACACCAGUGUGGUUGAAAAAUGGCAAUUACACUCAGCAGUUCCCUCUGCCUGUUGUGGUGCCAAGGCAGUCGCAGCACAGCGCUGAUUUUAUCUCUUCAACUGAAAGAUGCUUCACCAGCCCCCUGCUUCAUCGGAUGCUGGAGACAUGA